UGUACAUCCUGGAGAGGGAACGGAUGCUGAAGGAGGGUUGGUGAUGCUUGGACAGGAAACAUUUGCGAGAAUAGACCAAAAGCCAUCUCUUUGCAAUACUAUACACUUUCUUAACUGCAUUUUUGGUGCUGUCUUCCUGAGCUAAGCUUUUUGAAGGUGAUUUGAAAGCUCGAAGAGGCGAUAGCUUGAAAUGGCGUUAUAUGUGGCCUGUUAAGACAUUGAAAGUAACCCAAUGAAGAGAAUUGUUGGAUCAGAAACCAAGCAGUUCCUAGUCCUAAAUUCCUAAUCUAAUAGAGUGAAAAUGAUAUAUCUUCUUCACACGGUAAUUUUUUGUUGUUCUUUGUUGGAGGAAAAAACCUACCGUUGGUGAGAGUAAUUUAAAACCUCGAAUCGAACGGAAUCAAAUUGCUGGACAAUUGUCAAAUGCGGACCAUGACCAUUGCGAUUUGAAUUAACAACCAAUUAAACGUGACACAUUUGCCAACUGGGGUCCACCGUCCACAGCCUUGACAAUAAAAUGUGGCAAAAAUUGUUUGUUUUUCUCAAAAUAAAAUCAAAAUAAGCAGAACCCUUUAAACCCUUGUCUCUCUCCCCGGCCUUCUCUCCCGACCAAAGUAGAUGUUAGCUAUUUCAAGAAUGAAGGCCCUCAUCUCCGCCACAACGUUCUCAACCUACUCUGUUCCUCACAUCUCCAAGACCACACCUUUGGCCCUUUCAUCUUUAGCCUCUAAGUCCUUUUCAUUCAACCCACCAACCCUUUUCCAGAACCCCAAUCUUCUCCUCCCAAAACCCAAUCUUUUUUUGCCCAAAACCUGCAUUUCUUCAGUUCAGAACCGAUGUAUGCAAAUGGAGACGGCUUCUCGCCAACGAUCCGGUGAGAUUCACGUGAUCGUCGGCCCAAUGUUCGCCGGCAAGACCACGACGCUUCUUCGUAAAGUUCAAUCCGAGAGAGGCGAUGGCAGCUUUCAGGUCAAGCCCCAAAAGCACAUCCCAGUGGAUAAAACACUGAAGGGACUCUGCUAUUCAGGAAGAUUGGCAGAAGCCGUUGGGCUGUUGUGCCAUACAGGGUUACAGGUAGACCCAGACACCUAUGCUCUUCUAUUGCAAGAAUGUAUAUUUAGGAAAGAGUAUAAGAAGGGGAAAAUAAUUCAUGCACAAAUGAUCGUUGUGGGGUUUGUUCUCAAUGAAUAUUUGAAGACCAAGUUGUUGAUCUUGUAUGCAAAAUCAGGAAAUUUAGGAACUGCCCACAUUUUGCUUGAUAAGUUGCUUGAGAAAAGCUUGGUUUCAUGGAAUGCAAUAAUUGCAGGGUAUGUGCAAAAGGGACUGGAAGAUGUGGGAUUGAGUCUUUAUUACAAGAUGAGACAUAGUGGUUUGAUCCCAGACCAAUAUACCUUUGCAUCAGUGUUCAGGGCGUGUGCCUCUUUAGCAACACUGGAGCAUGGCAAGCAAGCCCAUGGUAUCAUGAUAAAGUGCCAAAUUGGAGAAAAUGUUGUAGUCAAUAGUGCCCUCAUGGAUAUGUACUUCAAAUGUAGUGAUUUAUGUGAUGGGCAAAGGGUAUUUGAUACAUGUCAAAAUAGGAAUGCCAUUACCUGGACUGCUUUGAUAUCCGGUUAUGGUCAGCAUGGAAGAGUUGUAGAGGUCUUAGAUUUUUUUCAUAGGAUGAAGAGUGAAGGUUUCAGACCAAAUUAUGUUACUUUUAUCUCAGUUCUUUCUGCUUGUAGUCAUGGAGGUUUAGUUGAUGAGGCUUGGGAAUAUUUUUCUUCAAUGACAAGAGACUAUGGAAUUCACCCAAGAGCACAGCAUUAUGCUGCCUUGGUUGACCUUUUAGGACGUGCUGGGCAGUUAGAAGAGGCCUAUGAGUUUGUUUCGAACUCACCUUGUAAGGAGCACUCAGUGAUGUGGGGUGCUUUUCUUUGGGCUUGUAGAAUUCAUGGAGACAGAGACUUGUUAAAGCUUGCAGCAAAGAAAUACUUCGAAUUGGAACCAGAAAAUGCUGGAAAGUAUGUAGUCUUGUCUAAUGCUUAUGCCACUUUUGGGUUGUGGGACAAUGUUGCUAAGCUUAGGUCUAUGAUGACGGAUUCAGGGAUGAGAAAGGAGCCUGCUUAUAGCAAAGUAGAGGUUCAAAAAGAGGUCCACUUCUUUCUUAAAGGUGAUACAUAUCACAAACAAUCCAAGGAGAUUUAUGAGAUGGUUAAAUUGGUUGAUUGCUCUCUAAAGGAUUCAGCGCACAUCCAAGAGGAGAGUCCAUGGGCCAAGUUUUUUCAGGGUCAACUUCCCCAUAAGUCAUUAAUCACAAGAUGUAAGCAAAAGAGAAAUGUUGCUAUAAUUAAAUCAAGCAAGGAUACAAGAUAUGGAUUAGAUUCAAUUGUGACGCAUGAUGGGGUCAAGAUGCCGUGUUGGGCGUUAACACAUCUAUCAGCAUUCAAACAAAAGUUGAGCCAUGAUGCAUAUGAUCAGCUAGAUGUAAUUGGUAUUGAUGAAGCCCAAUUCUUUGACGACCUGUAUGAUUUCUGUUCUGAAGCCGCUGAUCAUGAUGGUAAAAAAGUAAUAGUCGCUGGGCUAGAUGGUGACUAUUUAAGGAGGAGCUUUGGUUCUGUGCUAGAUAUAAUUCCUCUUGCUGAUUCUGUAACCAAGUUAACAUCUCGAUGUGAACUUUGUGGGAACCGGGCUUUCUUUACAUUAAGAAAGACGGAGGAGAUGCAGACUGAGCUUAUUGGCGGGGCUGAAGUCUACAUGCCUGUCUGCCGGCAGCACUAUGUUGGUGGACAAGUAGCCAUAGAAGCUGCGAGAGUUGUCCUGGAAUCCCGAGUUCAGUGCGGUUCAUAUGCGUAGUAACUUUUGCCAGUUAGUAGGAUAUAUCUGUAUUCUGCAACCUCCUUACAUGUCUUAUUGGAAAGUUUACACUUUGCUGGAUGACCCUUUAGACAACAUGUUGAUAGGGAAUGUUACACGGUAUCGAUCAAGAAUGUAUAUAUUCUUUUCACCAACCAAAGAAUGUGCGAAAAAAAAAAUUGAUAUCUUUUGCUUCUCCUGUUAA